GGGGGUACCUAGGUGGACCGUGGCUGCCCCGGAGCCCGGGACGCUCCCGGAUGCGGCAGGACAAACUGACCGGCUCCCUGCGGCGCGGAGGGAGAUGCCUGAAGCGGCAGGGUGGCGGCGGCAGCGGCGGCGGCGUGGGCACCAUCCUGAGCAAUGUGCUCAAGAAGCGCAGCUGCAUUUCCCGGACCGCGCCCCGGCUGCUCUGCACUCUGGAGCCGGGAGUUGACACAAAGUUGAAGUUUACUCUUGAGCCAUCUUUAGGUCAGAAUGGUUUUCAGCAGUGGUAUGAUGCUCUCAAGGCCGUUGCCAGACUAUCAACAGGAAUACCAAAGGAAUGGAGGAGAAAGGUUUGGUUGACCUUGGCAGAUCAUUAUUUGCACAGUAUAGCCAUUGACUGGGACAAAACCAUGCGCUUCACUUUCAAUGAAAGGAGUAAUCCUGAUGAUGACUCAAUGGGAAUUCAGAUAGUCAAGGACCUUCACCGCACAGGCUGCAGUUCUUACUGUGGCCAGGAGGCCGAGCAGGACAGGGUUGUGUUGAAGCGGGUCCUGCUGGCCUAUGCCCGAUGGAACAAGAAUGUUGGGUACUGCCAAGGCUUUAACAUCCUGGCCGCGCUAAUUCUAGAAGUGGUGGAAGGCAAUGAAGGGGAUGCUCUGAAGAUUAUGAUUUACCUUAUUGAUAAGGUACUUCCUGAAAGCUAUUUUGUCAAUAAUCUCCGGGCAUUGUCUGUGGAUAUGGCUGUCUUCCGAGACCUCUUGAGACUGAAGCUCCCAGAAUUAUCUCAGCACCUGGAUACUCUUCAGAAAACUGCAAAUAAGGAGAGUGGAGGUGGAUACGAGCCCCCGCUCACGAACGUCUUCACCAUGCAGUGGUUUCUGACUCUCUUCGCCACGUGCCUCCCUAACCACACCGUUUUAAAGAUCUGGGAUUCCGUCUUUUUUGAAGGUUCGGAAAUCAUCCUACGGGUGUCGCUGGCUAUCUGGGCAAAGUUGGGAGAGCAGAUAGAAUGCUGUGAAACAGCAGAUGAAUUCUACAGCACCAUGGGGCGCCUUACCCAGGAGAUGCUGGAGAAUGAUCUUCUGGAAAGCCAUGAGCUCAUGCAGACCGUUUACUCCAUGGCUCCAUUCCCUUUCCCACAGCUGGCAGAGCUGAGGGAGAAGUACACGUACAACAUUACACCCUUCCCAGCUGCAGUGAAACCCGCCUCCGUGUCGGGACGACAUGGUAAGAUCAGAGACAGUGAUGAAGAGAAUGACCCUGAUGACGAAGAUGCCAUUGCUAAUGCCGUGGGGUGCCUUGGACCUUUCAGUGGGCUCCUGGCACCCGAACUGCAGAAGUACCAAAAGCAAAUUAAAGAACCCAGUGAAGAGCAGAGCCUGAGAUCUAAUAACAUUGCGGAGCUGAGUCCGGGAGCAAUCAAUUCCUGUCGAAGCGAAUACCACGCCGCUUUCAACAGUAUGAUGAUGGAGCGCAUGACCACGGACAUCCACGCUCUGAAGCGGCAGUAUUCCCGGAUUAAAAGGAGGCAGCAGCAGCAGGUCCACCAGGUGUAUAUCAGAGCAGACAAAGGACCGGUGACCAGCAUCCUCCCGUCUCAGGUAAACAACUCUCCAGUUAUAAACCACCUUCUUUUAGGGAAGAAGAUGAAAGUGUCCGACAGAGCUGCCAAGAGCGCCGUCAUUCACAUCCCCGGGCACACGGGAGGCACAUCGUCUCCUCUCCCCUACGAAGACCUCAGGACGAAGCUCAACUCUCCGUGGCGAACUCACAUUCGAGUCCACAGAAAGACCACGACGAGGACCAAGAGUCAGCUGGGCUGCGGGGACACCGUCGGGCUCAUAGAAGAACAGAAUGAGGGCUGCAGGGCUGACCACCCAGGGGCAGCCGACGCAUUUUCCCCCAGGGGGGCAGGGACAGCCCGAGGAGAAGGUGUCAGCGCUGAAGGCCGCAGGGGGAGGACAGUCGAAGGCCAGUCUCCGGAGCCCGAGUUUGGAGAUGCCGACGUCUCUAUGGUCCAGGUGAAGUUAGAAGCCUUGGAACUGAACCAAAGGGACUCUGCUGCCGACACCGAGCCCCAGGGGCACCUGCCCUGCCAGCGGCACGUCCCGGAGCAGCCCGAGGCGCCUGGAGAGAACAAAGCCACCGGCAGACCUCCCCAGGGCAGCCACCCCAAAACUCCCGUCUUCAGCCCCUUUCCCAGCGUCAAGCCGCUGCGGAAGUCCGCCACUGCCAGGAAUCUGGGGCUCUAUGGUCCUACCGAGAGAACCCCGACUGUGCACUUUCCUCACAUGAGCAGGAGCUUCAGCAAAUCUGGCGGAGGAAAUAGUAGCACGAAGAAGCGAUGA